UUCAGCAUCACUGUUAUCACUUCGGAUCCAGGGGUUUCCUUCCCACGGAACCAAGGGCUUUCCAACCAUUCUCCACGCAGGAUCAAAGACCAGUUUUCCCACACGCAUCGCGGCGAUCCGCUGAGAGCCUGCAGCCACGCAGAAACUCCUCCGAGCCGAAAAUAUAAUCAAACACAGCGCGAUUUUAUGUGCUGACAGGGACCAUGCGCAGUGACUGAAUGAAUGACUAGGGGGUGGGGGGUGGGGGCACUAGAAUCCGGGCUCCGCGCAGAAAACUAGUCUGCAUCAUUCCCUGACAGCACCCCGAGAGAGAGGAGAGAAGGAGGCAGGGCUGGACUCCCAGACUGCAGUCGUGCAGCAUGACCGACACAGUGAUGAGCAGCGGCUCCGGUCGCUGGGUGUCCAACGACAGGCAGAGGAGCAUGCACCCCAGCGAAAAAGAACAGGGGAACUGGACCCUGCAGCCUGGUCCUGGUCCCGGUCCAGACCUGACAGAUGAAGAGAAGGAGAUUAUUAACAAUGUGAUUGCUCGCGCUGAGAAAAUGGAGGCCAUGGAGCAGGAGAGAAUUGGGCGCCUGAUAAACCGCCUGGAUGACAUAAAGAAGACAGUGUGUGGAGACGGAGUGUCCCGCUGUCUGCUGUGUGGGGAGCAGCUGGGCUCACCUGGGGUCAGCUCAGUGGUGUGUGAGGACUGCAAAAAGCACAUGUGCACCAAGUGUGGCACUCAGUGUGGCAGUCGGCCUCGCGCUGUGUGGCUGUGCAAGAUCUGCAGAGAACAGCGAGAGGUGUGGAAGCGGUCCGGUGCCUGGUUCUUCAAAGGUUUUCCCAAGCAUUUCCUGCCGUCACCCAUGCCGUUAUCCAAAACAAAAGAGGACGGUGCCCCGGAGGCAGCAGACCUGCAGAAGCCGGCGGCCUCUGAGCCCCGAGAGGCAGUAAGCCAACCACAACCAGCAGGUCCAAAUCAAGCUCCUGCCUCCGAGCAGCCAGCUUCAGUUGCAGGGCCACAGGGCCGCGCCGGUUACCCACCUGUGGCCCCUAAGCCAGUGUUGCGCAUGGCCACGGGCGGGGUCGGCCCCGACGAGGCCGGUCAGGGAGGCGUGGUGACAAUGAAGAAGAUGGUGCCCGUACAGAGUGCCAGACCACAGCCCGCCGCUUUAGGCGCCGCGGCCCAUCAGGCAGGAGACAAAGGUGCCGCAGCUCCUCCAGAGCAGAGAGCACCUCCAGCAGUCAGAGAGGACAGGAGGCAGCCCACCGCCUACAACGCUCCUCCCCCCCGGCAGCAACCUCCCCCAGCGGAGGAGGAGGACGACGCCAACGACUACGACUCUGAUGAAGCCACGACUCUGGGCUCUCUUGAGUUCAGUCUUCACUACGACCAGGAAAGCAACAGCCUCCACUGUAGCAUCAUCAAAGCAAAGGGACUGAAGCCCAUGGACUCAAAUGGGUUAGCAGAUCCCUAUGUGAAGCUUCACCUGCUGCCAGGGGCGAGUAAGUCCAACAAGUUGCGUACAAAAACCCUGAGAAACACUCGCAACCCUGUGUGGAAUGAGGCACUCACCUACCACGGCCUGACAGAGGAGGACAUGCAACGCAAGACCCUCAGGCUUUCUGUCUGCGACGAAGACAAGUUCGGGCAUAACGAGUUUAUUGGGGAAACUCGGGUGGCGCUGAAGAAGCUGAAGAUGAAUCAAAAGAAGAACUUCAAUGUCUGCCUAGAGAGAGUCGUGCCUACGAAGAGAACCGCGACAGCCGGAGGAGCCAGGGGGAUAGCGCUCUACGAAGAUGAGCCCGGGAAGGAUGGCACAGAGGCAGAGGAGCGCGGCCGGAUUCUGAUCUCCCUCAUGUACAACUCGCAGCAGAGUCGUCUCAUGGUGGGGGUCGUGCGCUGCGUUCAUUUGGCCGCUAUGGAUGCUAAUGGCUACUCUGACCCAUAUGUCAAAAUAUGUUUGAAACCUGAUAUGGGGAAGAAGGGCAAGUGCAAAACGCAAAUCAAGAAGAGGACUUUGAACCCAGAGUUUAACGAGGAGUUUGGGUUUGAAAUCAAACACAGUGAACUGGCCAAGAAGACGUUAGACAUCUCAGUGUGGGAUUACGAUAUUGGCAAAUCCAAUGAUUACAUAGGUGGGUGCCAGCUGGGCAUCACGGCCAAAGGGGAGCGGCUGAAGCACUGGUACGAGUGUUUGAAGAACAAGGACAAGAGGAUCGAGCGCUGGCACACCCUGGUGAACGAGAACCACGUUGCCAGUGAUUAACCACACAGCAUGAGCUCAUGUUUAUCCUCCACAGUCUGUUUGCAUUUACUCCCCAUUUGAAUGGAUAGAUCAGCUCAUUGGAAGUGGGGUUCUGUGGAUAAAAUAUGAUUGAUGACUAUGUAACCUGUUGUAGAUGGCUGUUUGAAGGACCUCAGUAAGGAGAAAAGAGGUUUAAUUCUGAUUGGACUGACAAGCUGACAACUAAUCUGAGCUGGACUAACACUGAAGUGGAAAUGUGCCAACUUGAAACUUUGAGGUGUUCAUGCAAACCCUAGGAGUAGCUGUAUCACUUCCUGUUGGCAACAUUAAUCUGUGCAGGUGCUGUUAUGGAGUCUGCAGGAAGGUUUGUCCCAGUAGAGUUACCGUAGCUUCCUGUUGUAGAACUGUGCUGUAGUAAAGCUGGGUUUUCACAUCUUAUAAAACUUUGUUGAACCCUAAAGAAAUUGUGCGUAAAUUAUAUAAAUAAUAAAUAAUAUAAAAUGACCAUCUUUAGUAAAGAAUUUGAAACAUUUGAUUUGCAAAUAGAUAAACACGAUGCUUCAGCAUUAUCAGUGCUAUUUUACCAUAUGUGCUAACCGGUCAGCAGCUAAUGAAUAUAGGUUUUUUUACUACACAUAAAAAUAUUUAUAUCUGUGUUUAUUUGUACAAAAUAAGUCAUAUCUUUUUAAGUUUCAAGAUAAUCGAAAUGCAAGAGUAGUUGUUUUUUAAUCUCGACCCUCUGAAUCAAAAUUUAAUCGAAUCAUGAGGUGCAUGAAGAUUCCCUCCACUAAUGUAAACGUUUUGAAGAAUAUUAAGAUUUGUGGAAUUUGAGUUGUUUUAAAAUGACCUUCAGCUCUGAUCUGCUCAGAAUUAAACUUUUUUUUUCUAAAUGGUGGUUGUUCAAGAACUAUCUACAACAGGUAAGAUAAUGAUUGUGCAUAUCUCUUUCCAUAGAGCCCCACUUCAAAAAGUCUGAGCUCUUGCUUUAAUAUUUAUAUUGUUAAUCACACAGGUGUUCGUUUUCUCCACUCAUUCAGUAUUUUCCUUUCACUAAUAGAGAAUAGAGUUUCUUUGCCUGUGAUGAUACUUAAUCAUGAUGAAAAUGAAUUUGUAACUCAAAAAAAAAAAAAUCAAACAAAGACGUCUGUCACAAUUUACCUGCACAAAGGCCCUCAUACAGUAUUAGUGAGCGAUUCUAUGUAAAGGCAGUAAAAGUGGCACGUUCACCAUGAAAGGAAAUGAAUUGCACUGGUACGGAUGAAGAAAAGCAAUAUGCUACGGCAUCAGGGGUCGGAACCAUCAUUCAAGCUCCUGAAGUUCAGUACUUGAACUUCCUCACAUAGUGCUGUGUUUAAAAUGUGAAACCAUAAAAAAAAGCAUGCCAGGCUACACACGUUAUCAAAACCACACAGCUGCACCUUAAAAUAUUCAGCUGUAUGAACAUUUUGUAUAUUUCCACCAAGAAAUGUUUACAUACUUCUACAUUGCUCAGGUUAGUAUAGCCAUCUGAUAGGACAGAUGAGUCAUUAUGUGAGUGGACCAUGAGCUAGACGACUCCUUAAUCAGUUGCUGUUAAUUUGUGAUUUCUAUAUUCUAGCACACCUACAGUAUAUAGUUUACCAAGAGUUUUUAUGUCAUGUUUAAUCAAGAUGUAAAUUUUCUUUUGUGCGACGUACAAAAUAUGUGUUACGGGAAAAAAAAAACAUGAAUCAUAAAGUUGAUGUUUAAUUUGUUCGUUGCAAUGAAAGCUGGCAGAAGACAAAAAAAAAAAAGAAAGAGGGAUCUUGUCCUGCUACCUCCGCUCGUGGUUCACUCUGACCCCUCAGAGGGGUUUUUUUUAUUCUUACUGCACUGUUUACACCGAAUGCACACGUUUCCUCCGAGAAUCCUUAAAGAAUUUGGCCAACGGAAACUGUGGAACAAGUCAAAAGUAUGUGCAGCUCCACCUGCAUGCACUGUGCUUGUGACUCUCAUGUGCCUGGGGCGAUCAUGGCCCACUCCCUGCCCCCACCUCCUCCACCAACUUACCCCUUUGCACAAAAAAAAAAAAGAAAAAAAGGACCCAUUUUUCCUCCCCCUCUGCCACACCUCUAACCAUCCGGUGAGCGUUUCAUCACCAAUUACAGCAAAUCAAGGAAAGCACACCUUACAAAGUGGAACGACCUCAGUUUCUACAGCUGUCUGCAAGUUACUCCAAUGUCAAAACAAGAACAAAAAAAAAACAACAAUAAUCCUAUGCAUGAUGUGUCUUGUGGUUCAAGAUAUACACAUAUAUACUUUGUAAAAGAUAAAUGCUAUUGUAAUUUCAUCGAUGUUUACACUUUUUCCCAUAACAUUCCUACUGAUACUUUAUAUCCUGCAGAAGAGGCUGCACUCUGCAUGACGACGAUGUGAUCUGAACAAACUGGUGUGUUAGCAUCGAAUAAUCAGCAGAGCGCGUCGAACGUAGAAGCUUGUAGCAGACCGCAGGUGAUCUCGGUGUUCCACUGAGGAGUCCUGCUCUUGCACAUUCAGAGCUUUCCAGUGUCUUGUUUACUCCACUGUGCCCCCCUGAGACGUGGCCGUGGCUCCGAUUUUUCUCCAGUCUUUACUCUGUGCUACAUCAGCUGCUGUGAUCAUGACAUGACGGUGAUCAAAUGUUUAAAAAAAAAACAGGCUUCUCUUUAAGCUAAAGUCAUAGCUGUCUUCUACUUGAUUCUGACAAUUCAGUGGAAUGUUCCUUUAUCUCUGUAUUUGUACAUAGAUAUAGUGCAUGAAGUGGAAAUAUGUACGUUUGCAAAGAACUUUGCAUGUAGAGGUUUUGCAGAAAGUUUACACAGACUAAUAAAACCUGGUGGAAAACGG